AAGAUUAAUAGUGAAAGUAGUUUUUAACACCUUGAUAUUUUUUCUUUGGUUUAGAAGCGAUUCUUUCUUCAUAAGAUUACUCCUAAGAUGCAUAGAAAAGUUUUCUACUUCAAUGACAGUAUUAGAUUUAUUUGGAAAGAAGGUCUAAUGUGAAAAAAAAAAAAUUCCUCAGUAGUUUUGUCAUUCAUGAGAGUUUUUCAGAGUAUCUUGGGUAUGUGUAUGACCUAAAACAUAUUGGACAUUUAUGAUAUCUUUGUAGGUGCUUCCCUAUAAUUUUAUGAUAUGUAUCCUAGAUGGUCGGCCUUCUGCACACUUUUCGUUUUAUGGCCCAUGUGUAAUAGCAACUUUUUAAAAACAGAACUUAGGAUUGGUUGCUUCCAAGCCAAACACAGGGUUAUAUUUUUUCCAUGUUUUUACUAAACUGGAUGACAUCUCCAGGAAUGUUUCUAUUCUAACUUGAUUUACUGUUUCUGUCUAUAAAAGAAAGACUUCCAAAGUAACAUUCUUCUUAAGACAGAUUUAUAUACACUUUGAAUAAAUGAAAUAUUUAUAGAAACAAAAAACUGUUUAUAUUGAAAGUAGUCUACUUCAAUGGCAUUAUUCACCUAUCAUAGACUUUUAAUCUAUUAGGGUAAAAUUAUUUUAGCCACUCUUAUUCUGUCAUUGGUGUUUAUGUUUCCAGAUACCAGUGAUGGUGAGAUUGCUAGUGAAUGUGAAUAUGACAGCGUCUUUAAUCACUUAGAGGAGCUGAGACUUCACCUAGAGCAGGAAAUGGGCUUUGAAAAAUUCUUUGAGGUUUAUGAGAAAGUAAAGGCUAUUCAUGAAGAUGAAGAUGAAAAUAUUGAAAUUUGUUCAACAAUAGUUCAGAAUAUUUUGGGAAGUGAACAUCAGCAUCUCUAUGCCAAAAUUCUCCAUUUAGUCAUGGCAGAUGGAGCCUAUCAAGAAGAUAAUGAUGAAUAAUCCUGUCUCAGAGAGUACUCCUUAAACCUCACCUGUAUGAAAGCAUUUGAAUUCAGCUUAUCACAAUAACAAGCUUUACUGGGAAACGUAGCAAUUAUUUAUAUCUAAGGAAUAUCAGAUUUAACAGGGGCCUGCUGAUUGCAUGAAAAAGAUGGAGAAACAUGCCAUUUUCAAUUAAGAAUCUAGUAUUUUAUCUAUUUUAUUUUGUUCAGUGAGUUCUGUGGUUACCUCCUAUAGAACAGAUACUUUGUUAAGUCAUCCAACCAAAGCUUAAGAAACACUGACCCAGAAAUGGACUUAAUGAUUUUAAAGAAGAUUUACCGUGCCGUAAGGUCAUCUUGACUUUGAGGAAAUGUCUGUAGGUUGUAAGAAUUGCCUAUGUCAUCAAAGACCUGCCUGAAGGAUUUUCAUUUAAGGAUUUAACCAUGACCUUUUUUCUGUCUAGUACAUGUUUUCAUCCUGGCGAGCAAGUCUACAUUAAAUAACCUUGUCAAGGGCUCUAUUUAAAUCUUUACAAUUUUGAGGAUGGAGUUUUAAGCCUUAAAAUUUAUAUAAUCAGUCCUUUUUCAACCAGCCUAUCUCCUAAACUAGCUCAGUGCACACGGGCUAUGGGAACAGUCUUUGAAAUCAUUGAAAGAUCUGAUUAUGAAGGAAUCGCAAAACUGUAUAUCCUGAUAUUUAAAAAGUUGGUUAAUUACUUCUCUUUCUAUUUAAGGACCAGAACCAGGAAUAUUAUAUCUAAAAAUUAGUCUGUUAAUUUUAACAUUGACCAAGCGUGUAGCAUAAAGUUGCCUGUUUGGUUUUUAACUUCAUUUCAUGCACGUGCUUCAAGGACACUAUGAAGUUAGAAAGGAGAAAGAAUGUUUAUUUUGACACGGUGACAGUUUCGGUAAGUAGAAUCUCAAAGGGGAGAAUGUUUGCCUCGUUUACUCAUUGUGAGAGGAUUUAGUUAGGUCCUUAGGAUGAUGGCCAUACAGCUUCAGUUGCAGUAGUCCAAGUAUUACAUGGUUUCAUUAGGUAUUGUCUCAAGUCCAGGUGCUUUUAGUAAUGAGAGCUGAAUUUUGAACCUCUGAGUACAAAGCAGCCAGGUUGGCACAAUCUAGAAUUUGAAAAAUAAAAUCGUAUCUUGCAGCACUAUCGGUACUAUGUUGAAGUUGUUACGUAUAUUAUCUCUAACAUCCAAAACUAAAUACUUGAUUUUUAUACAUUUGUUUAUUUUAUGAUAUUACUAUUAAAUUUUUAUUAUCUCUCUGAAGUAUAACUAUUGAUCGUUUUGUGUUUAUUGACCCUAUUCUCAGUAGAUGCUUGCCUCAGUGCUUUUACAGAGCUGGGAACACUUUCUUUUUUGCCUGUUCUGUAGUAUAUUGAUUAAGACUCUCUGCCUGUCCUCCUAAUACAAUGUUGUUCUAUAGCUGAGUAUUUUAGUUCUUUUUUCCUAAUGGAAGAAUAUUUGCAUUCUGCACCUUAACUCUCUACAAUCCUAAAUGCUGGGAAUGAUUGUUUUUUGUUAAUUUAUAAAUUAAAAUAGAGUCCUUAUUUCCAUUUUAAAAAUUACAACUGUUAGAAAAGCAAAUAAAGGUAUAACACAUUAGAAAAAAUGUUUUAGCCAUAUUUCAAAAAAUGUCAUAUAUACUGUAAUAGGGAUGACAAAUGGGAUUUGUGCCAUUUCCAGUCAAUUGGUAGUAAGUGGUUCUGGAGUGUUGUUAUAGAAAAGUUGUCUAUGCCAGUGGGGAAGAGAGCUAUUAUCAUUCAAAAAGGUCUAUUAUAGGCGUUGGAGAUGAAGUAUGGAAACAGCUAUAGAUUCACAGAAAGUUAGAGCUAGAAAGGGCUAUCGGGAUAAUCUGUUCUUAUCCCCCAUUUAACAGACAAGAACAGUGAGUUGUAAAAUGAACUAAGUCACUUCUGUGUAAGGCCAGGGUUAGACCAAUUCCCAAGUAUUUACACUCUGCUAUUAGCUACAUAUACUUUUUAGAAUUUUUCUCUAUGAGAGAGUGAGAGACUAGAUUCAGUAGGAAAAAGUACAUUUAGCAUUAAUGCAUUAAGAAUUCUACAGAGAUUUUCUAUUUCUGGGAAUAUUUUAAUUAACCUAUUUCCUAUUUCUGGGAAUAUUCUACUUAAUUCUAAUUAUUCUAAUUAACCUCCCUGCUGAAAACAGUUUUAAAAUGCUGGAUAAAGUUAUUUUUCCCCUCAUAAAUUAACACAUACUCUACCCCUUAUCACAUUGUUGAUGAUGAAUCCUUCAAGACCAUGUGUGUUUUUGAUAUAUACAUAUAUGUUAAAAACACUCAAGAGGUAAAAAGAUUAUGAACUACAAGGCCACAACUUUGGAGAAAGCCUCAACCCAGAGAGAUAAGUAGAAUAUUGGAGAGAAAAAAGCCACUUUUGACCUGAGAGAGUUUCUGAUACCUCACCUUUGGGCUUUGGUAUAGUGGGCUCAUUGGACAAAUGGAGCUAGAGGCAAUGCCAAUCGCCCAUUGAAGAUGGGGAAAACCUAUAUUAAGGUAAGACCCCAAAAGGUUACAUGCCCAAAUAAGGGAGAACCAGAACUAAAACCCAACCCCAACCUCAAGGACUGUUGAAAUGGAAAAGAAAGGUAAAACAAAUCCCUAAGAAGUUGUGGCCACAGACAAACCCUCAAGUGGUUUUGUACCUUGAGCGGCCGAAACCAAGGUGGGCCGGGGAACUUCUGGCUUGAGCGUAAUUUGAGGUGAACUUCACCUUGUAGUGCCCCCAUGAACCUAGCAGAAGCCAUUUCAGUGCCCGUCUAAAGGAGGGCACAUUUAUUCUGUGUCUUGAAAAUCACCCACGCAUAAAUUUUCAAGAGCAAUGCUGGGCACAGAGUCACAGAUAAAUAGUACACGAGAAAUCAAGACAAUAUGAUUGGAAGACAGCAGUAACAGGACCCACGCAGGCUUUAGAUACUGGGAUUCUCAGAAAGAUAAAACGACUAUGCUUACUGUGUUUAAAGAUGAUAAGCAAACUUGGAAAUAUUUGUACAAAGAACUAAAAAGUGAUACAGUAGAUUUGAAGAUAAACCAGUAGAAUCCAUAUACAUGAAAAACACAAUGACCAAAAUUUUAAAACUCAGUGGGCAUGCUUGGCAGCAAAUUGUAUGUAGCAGAAGAAAGAACUGAAGAAAUUUUCCAUAAUGCAUCAGAGAGAGAGAUAUAAAUGGAAAAUAUUGAAGAGAAGGUAAGGGGAAUAAUAGAUUCAGUUAGAAGGUCUAAUUGUGUUUCAUUGGAGUCCCAGAAGGAAAAGAAAGAAAGAAUGGGUAAAGUCACUUGAAGAGAUGAAAGGCUGAGAAUUUUUCAAAACUUUGGGAAAACAUUAGAUUGAAGAAGCCUAGUGAACCUCAAGAAAAGUAAAAGAAAUGCUCACCUAGUCUCUUCAGAGUAACUGUGGAAAAUCAAAGACAAAAAAAAAAUCUUAAAAGAGGUCGCAGAUAAAAAGGCAUGUUACCUUCAAAGGAAUGUGAGAAAGACUAACAGCUGGCUUUUAGCAGUAGUGGUGGAAGCCAAAGACUGUAAUCACAGCCUCAAUGGGCAGAAAAAAUAACUGUCAUCCCAGGAUUGUAUGCCUACCAAAAAUGCGUUUAAAUUGUCCAAGCGUACUGCAUAGAAACAUCACAAGGAGGUGAAAGCAGCUGUAAUUCACAGAGCAGAGUACCAGAAAGGAGAGAUCCGUACAAGAGAGUGCUUCAGAGAUCUGCAGAUCUCUUGUGUCUUCAGCCAAAUAAUGGCCAGUGCAUCAUGUGAGGAAAUUACCCAAGCGUGGGGCAAGAACAACUAGAAAGGAGCACAUGGAAUAAUCCCUGAAAUGUAACACAUGGCCAGGAAUAAUUUGAAUUUUCACCAGCCUGAGUGGGAAGAUCUAGCAUGUAGGGCAUAGGGUACAUAAAGGCUUUGCCUAAGUGGUGGAGCCAGAUUACCCCUAGAUAAAGGUUAUUGUGUUCCUGUUCAGCAAAGCUCAAAAACAAGCCUUGAAAGAAUCAUUGUCUUUUUUGAGAACUUAACAGAGCUCAAAAGUAUUUAAGGAAAUUCCCAAAAUGUCAGCACUCAACAAAGUAAAAUUCACAAUAGCUGGCACCCAGUCAAAAAUUACUAGGCAUUCAAAGAAGCAGGAAAAUUUGGUUUAUAUUUGACAGGAAAUCUGUUAAUGGGAACAAUGCAGAAAUUAUACAAAUAAUGUAAUUAGUAGUCAAGGAUAUUAAAACAGCUAUUAUAAACACACUUCAUACAUUUAAAAGGGAAGAAGAAAGUG